GCCUUGCAUAAGAUGCCGCUUUGCAAAGGAAAAACAGUGCUGUGCACGCUUGCAGCAUUUCGACGACAAAUACUACAGCAUAAUGUGCGAUGUUAUAGCUCACCGCGUGAUACUCUUGGCAGUGUAGGCAUGAUGUCCAGGGGACACGUGAGCGAUUUGGACCUGGAUGGUCAAGAGUGGAGGUCCUCCCAAGAAAUUAUCAACUUGAACCAAGAUUUUCUCAUGAUUAAAGGGUUCAACAACCAGGGGUUUAUUCUGAACAAUGGCAUCAGGGUCCUGGGCUCAGUUGCAAUGUUCCCCAAGACUAUACUUCACUGGAAUGUUUACAGUCCCCAGGAAAUCACAGAGGAAUCACUUAGUUUAUUUGUUAACUUACAGCCAUCACUGGACAUGUUGGUGCUUGGUAUCGGUGAUGAGGGAAGUCAAGUUGAUCUGAAAGUUAUAAAUUAUCUCAAGAAAAAAAGGAUAGGAGUGGAAUUUACUACUACAUAUCGUGCCGUACCCUUGUAUAAUUUCUUAGUCUCAGAAGGCAGAUAUGUGGCUGGAGCUUUCAUACCUGGAGAAGAAGUCCCAUCAAUGAGAGCACGGGUGAUGUUAGAAAAUGUUGACAAUGCUGAAGAUGUGGAUGGCCAAAUAAAUCAAAAACUGGAAGCAGUGGAAAUGAACAUAAAAAAUUUGACCUCAGAUAGUAUUCUGCAGGGGAGAUUGGAAAAAGAUAAGACUGACUUAGAGCAAAGGAAAGCAAUCAUGGAGGAGAGAAAGCAGACUUUACGAGAUAGAAAGAAACAACAUAGAAUCGAGGGAGAAAAGAAUACCAGUGACAAGGAUAAGGAUAAAACUGAUGAAGAUAGAUAGCAUUUCAUGUGUGACACCCGCCAAGCAUUUUUCUUCAGAGCUGGCUUUAUUAGCAAUUGAGCAUUUUCUUUGAUUUUGAACAAUUGGUAUAAGUUUCAUUGCACCACUAAUAUACUUUUUAUAAGUUCUAUUUAAAUACCUACUUGCUAUUUUGCAACCUAUUUGAGAAUAUAAAAUAAAUCAAAACAUCAGUGAAGUGGUAUUAAAGAUAUAUUUAUGUUUGCAGGAGGGCCUUAACUCCUUAGUUGUUGUCUUUAAACUUUUUAAACAGUAGCUCUGGAUUUUAUUUUAAUUGACCAGACAAGGAAAUAAAGAAUGACAUAAUGAAAAAAAACUUAAAAUGUUAAUAAAAUACAACAACUGCACUGAUAUUUCAAGAUUUAAAAUAAUUUUACAGAGCUCAAGUAACUAAAAUCUACUAAAAUUUAAAAUUGGACAGUCAUAUUUAUAAGUAUCUUAAUCACAUAAACAAAGAGUGUGUAAUUACACUCAUUUUUACAGUCUUUUAAAAAAAAAUUAUGAAUAAAAAAAUAGUUUUCUUGAACACAUUUCUCAUUUGAAAAACUGCUUCUAAGUGACUAGAAUCAACUUAACAUUGUAAUAACACGAUAUACACCCCUUCAUCAUUAACUGUAUCAGUCAGACUUUUAUCAUAGUUUUAUAGUAAAUAAAGCAAAGAUCUCAAAGGA